CUCCUGCUGGUGGAUUCGGGGCGAAGCCCAGUGCGUAGAGAGGGGGCGGGGUUUAAUCCUGACUCCGCCCCUAGCGCGGUGUCGAACAGAGAGAGUGAGACGGGCAGUGAGACGGUAGAGAACCGACACCGGCACCAGAAGGAGCACUGCACACGCGCACACCGCAGGAGCACUCACUCACGCGCGCACCGGGGGAUGACGGGUUGAGGGAUUAUGCUCGGUGCCGGAGCGGGGUGCUCGCGCUGCGCAGUAGGGCAGGUGUGUUACCUGUGGCGGGCUUCCCGCUGUCUUCUUCCGGCUGCGAUCAGAGCCCCGCCGCGCGAGCGCCGCUUUAUUCCCGGGUAAAGGUGCGGCUCGGGUUCGGGCAGCAGGAGCAGGAGGAGCAGGAGGAGCAGGAGGAGGACGGAUACCGCCUCCGUCAAUACCGACAGUACAGGCGGGAGACAAUCGGGCCUGUGUUCGUCACAUAAACAGCCUUUAUUACAGUGCCUCUGACGCAGCGCGGAACCGGACCCAGCAGGAACCGAACCGGACCGCGGCCAUGGCGGUGUCACAGCCGGACCCCGAGGACCAUCAUCCCCCUCCUCGUCCCCCUCCUGCGCCUGAGAACGGCUUCGUGACCCCAGAAGCUCCGUCUCCAGGGCUGAUGUUGUCGCGCGUGGACGGCUGCGUCCUUCCUUUCCUGGGCGGGUUCGGCCGGUACCAGAAGCAGCUCGUGGUGCUCACGUGGAUCCCGGCUCUGUUCAUCGGCUUCAGUCAGUUCUCUGACAACUUCCUGCUUGCGCAGCCGAACAGCACGUGCCUGUGGCCCAUCACCGGCACCAAGGCGACCGGGCACGAGACCACCACCGCCGUGACCCCCGUCAUGACCUCCGCUCCGGGUUCCGCUGACGCGCGUCACAGCGGCGCGCGAGACCCCGAGUACUGCGAGUGCAGCAACGAGACCUGGACGCACGAGCUUCUGUCAGGACUCUCACAAAAUGUGGUGACGAAGUGGAAUCUGGUAUGUGAUUCUGCGUGGAAGGUGCAAAUCGCUAAGUUCUCCGUGGUGGUUGGCUCCAUAUUUGGAUACCUGAUUCUCGGAGUGCUGGCUGAUUGGUUUGGGCGUCACGCGGUAUUGGUGGUGUCAGUGUUCUUCACACUCGUGUUUGGCCUGUCUGUGGCCUUUUCCAUUAAUGUCACCAUGUUCAGCACACUCCGCUUCUUUGAGGGCUUCUGGCUUGCUGGAAUCACACUCUCCCUCUAUGUCCUAAGAAUCGAGCUGUGCCUGCCCGGCUGGCGUUUCUCCAUGACAAUGGUUGCUACCUUUGUGAUGUUAGCAGGGCAGUUGUUAAUGCCGGGGCUUGCUGUCGUGUGCUCUGAUUGGAAGAUCCUGCAAGUCGUCAUCAUCUGCCCCCUGUCACUAAUGCUGUCAUACAUAUGGUUAUUUCCAGAGUCUCUGCGCUGGCUGUUAGCGACACAGCAGUACACUCGCUCCAAAUGGCUUAUUGAGUGUAUCGCUAAGAAGAACAGCGCAAUUGUGGGCACACACGAGCUCAUCACAGAGCUGAACAGGGUUUUGGAGAAGCCACCAAAGAAGACAUGUAUAGUGAAGAUGGUGGGCACAAGAAACCUGUGGAAGAACAUUGUGGUCCUGUGUGUCAACUCGUUAACUGGUUAUGGGAUCCAUCACUGUUUUGCUCGCAGUAUGAUGGAUAAUGAUCGUGUCACCAUGUUUCGUAACUUCUAUGCUGAAUAUUAUACGAUGGCGGGAAUCACCAUGGCAACAGGCCUUGCACUGUGUCCAGCAGUGGGAAUUAUGGGACGUCGGGGGGGGUUGCUAAUGUUCAUGAUUGUCACUGCACUGGCAUCGUUACUGCAGCUGGGCCUGCUCAACUUGAUUGGAAAAUAUAGUGCCCAGCUUAAGAUUGAAACAGACACCCAGUCAGCCUUCCACGCGGCAUUCUCCAUCAUUGGCAUGUUCUCCUCGCAGGCUGUCACUAUGCUGAGCAUCUUUUUCUGUGCAGAGAUCCUCCCCACUGUGAUCAGGGGAGGAGGUCUGGGUUUGGUGUUUGCGAGCGCUGGGUUUGGGAUGCUGACGGAACCCAUCAUGGAGCUGCACAAUCAGAAAGGCUACUUCCUGCACCAUGUGAUCUUCGCCUGCUGCACACUCAUUUGCAUCAUCUGCAUCCUACUGCUCCCCGAGUCGCGCCACCAACCCCUCCCAGAGUCUCUGUCCGAGGGCGAGGGCUACACCCGCCACCCCCUUCUGCCCCCCCAAAAGAAACGUGCUGAACAACUUCACCUGCUACCUGUCCCUCGCGGCCGGGACCAUGCAAAUGAUGAGCAAGCCAGCAACCGUGCUAACGACUACUCCAAUGUUAGAGGCACGCCUCUGCGAGAGGUGGCCGUGUCCACUGUUGAGUCCACUGCCUCAUCCACCAUCGCCCUUGAUGAUGAACCUGGUGAAGACCCUGGUGAUGAACUUGAUGCUGUAAGACUUAGUCUCAGGCAUCUUAACAACUCGAUACCUACAGCAACGGAUUCACUUCCUGAUCUCAUUGUCAAUGCCCCGAAACCUUAUGCCUCAGAAACCCCACCCGCUCUUCAAAGUAGCCCCUCCCCAGUCACUCUAGAUAGUGAAACCCCACCCAAAACGGAUGAUGAUGUCACCAAGUCUCCAGUAGGUGCAUCUGUGGAUCUUCCUGAACUUGUAGCCCCACCCAUUACAAAUGUAGCUCCACCCACACUUUCAUUCUGUCCCCCUCCAUCCUCUUCCUCUCCUAUAGACUCUGAUCCUCUGUGGUCCCUGCCCCCUCAGUCAGGCUCCACCCCUUCAGAGCCUCCUUCACCAGCCAUUUUAGAUGAAACUGUGAUACGGUCAUUACCUCUGACUGUGACAGAUCCAGUCCCCCGCUCUAAAGUGGACUCAACCAUGUCCUCUCCCAUAGAUUCAGCCGUGGACUGUACCAUCAGCACUGCUAAUGGGGGAGCGUCAUCCUGACAGGCAUCAACAUGGUGGGAAUGUUUCUCAAAUCCUUUGUCUUUGGCUGCUUCCCAUGAGCUGCUGCAAAGGAAUUUAUGGACAUAAACAAAAGAGAGGAGCUUGACACCACAUGGGUGCUUUAAAGGGUGCUGACCAGAAGAAAAGCAUGUCAAUCUAAAUCACCAUGAAUAACACUGGAAUCACUGCUGCUGAGCGACUGUGAAGUGACAAACUCUGAGUAGUGAAACUUUAACAUUUUACUGACUAAUUCAGAGAAAUGGCAAAUGUGGAAAUGGCCACAACAAAAUUCACUGGAAACUAGUUUUAGUGUACUUUUUAUUCCUGUGGUUUGUAAAAAAAAAAAUGUGCUAAAUGAAACCUGCCCAAAAGGGAUUUUUUUUCAUUAGCCAACACAGUCACUAAACUGUGUGUGUGUGUGUGUGUGUGUGUGUGUGUGUGUGUGUGUGUGUGUGUGUGUGUGAACCAUCAAACCUGAUUUUAAUUCCUAUCUACUAAACCCUCAAGAGUAAACCACUGAGCCCCAAUCACUAAACCCUCAGGAGUGAAUCACUGAGCUCCAAUUACUAAACCCUCAAGAGUAAAUAACUGAACCCUAAUCACUAAACCCCAAGAGUGAAUGACUGAGCCUGAGUCACUAAACCCUCAGGAGUGAAUCACUGAGCCCUAGUCACUAAACCCCCAAGAGUAAAUUACUGAGCCCUAGUCACUAAACCCCCAAGAGUUAAUCACUGACCCCCGUCACUAUACCAUCAAGAGUGAAUACUGAGCCCUAAUCACUAAACCCUCUGGAGCGAAUAACUGAGCCAUAGUCACUAAACCCCCAAGAGUAAAUCACUGAGCCCCAGUCACUGUACCAUUAAGAGUGAAUCACUGAGCCCUAAUCACUAAACCCUCAGGAGUGAAUAACUGAGCCAUAGUCACUAAACCCCAAUAGUAAAUCACUGAUCCCUAGUCACUAAACCCCCAAGAGUAAAUAAUUGACACCUAAUCACUAAACCCCCAAGAGUAAAUCACUGAGCCCUACUCACUAAACCCUCACGAGUUAAUCACUGAGCCCUAAUCACUAAACACUCGAGUGAAUCACUGAGCCCCAGUCACUAUACCAUCAAGAGUGAAUCAUUGAGCCCUAGUCACUAAACCCCAAGAGUAAAUCACUGAGCCCUAGUCACUACACCCUCAAUAGUAAAUAAUUGACACCUAGUCACUAAACCCCCAAGAGUAAAUCACUGAGCCCUAGUCACUACACCCUCAAUAGUAAAUAAUUGACACCUAAUCACUAAACCCCCAAGAGUAAAUCACUGAGCCCUAAUCACUAAACACUCGAGUGAAUCACUGAGCCCCAGUCACUAUACCAUCAAGAGUGAAUCACUGAGCCCUAAUCACUAAACCCUCAGGAGUGAAUCACUGAGCCAUAGCAUUAAACUGUGGUCUCACAUCUGUAACUUAAUUCCCUAAGACUGACUGACAAACCCCUAACUCUGAACCCUAACCGUACUCCUCUUUUUAGGGAGGUGGGGCACCUUAGUGGAAUAGGACAAAGCCUUGCUGCUUAGGUGACCUGUUGAGUGAAUGAGCUUUUGGGUACAUACCCACACUACUGAUGAAGGGAUAGUGAGUACUGGAACAAAGUCCUAAACCCUGACCCCUAAACACUUCGUUGAAAAGGGAUGGAUGGUGUAAUAACAUAGACUGAGACUCCUAAUACAGGUCAAAGGUCAAAGCCUAGAGAGAGAGAGUGUGUGUGUGUGUGUGUGUGUGUGUGUGUGUGUGUGGUGUCAGGAUGUUUCUGUCGAUGUAUCUGUAUCACCAUGGCAACAGAGCAUGUAAACAUGAUGUUGCAGAAGCUCAAGUGAACUAAUGUGAACACACGUGAUGAUGCACGACAGGUGUGGAGUGGCUUUAGAUGGAUUUUUUUUUUUAAGAAUGUGUAAAUAUAAACACACAAUGGGCGUGGCUACUGAGGAAGCAAUAAUGUAUUUAUUUACUGACAUUUUAUUGUUAUGUGAAAUGUUUAUUUUAUCUUUUAUAUGAAUGAACAUUGGCACACAGAUGGGAUUCACCUCAGAAACAUUAUAAAAUACUAAUAUUAAUAUUUAUAGUAAUUAACGUAUUUUUCCAGACUAUAAGGUUUUAAAUGAAGUCGCAUGUACAUUAUGUUUAACUCAGAUGUGACUUUAAUUAGCUUUAACUAUCUUCCUAUCAAACUUGGCUUCUUAUUUUAAGAACACAAAUAUUUCACCCAUUAUUAGCUAGCAUGGUACCAAACUGUCUAAUAUUAAUCUAGAGAGUAUUUUAUGAGUAUUUUAAGUUUUAAAAGAUGGUCGUGAUGUCACUUGAAGCUCAUUUUGACCCAGAGAAUAAUUUUAUUCAGAUAUUCAAAUGACUUUUCUAAAAAAAGAAACAUUUAUAUUGAUGCUUUUUAUUCCACACUUUCUCUCCAAUUUGUUCUCAUGCUAAUUCCCACCAGCUCACCUCUGUCACAUGAGGGCGACCAGCCAUUGGGGUGAAGGUGAACACAUGCUUCCUCUAAGACACAUGAAGCCAGCCAUAUGCAUCUUCUCCAACUGCUGGGCAGCACAACACACUCCGAGGGAAAUGCCUUCUGCCUUCUUCCACAUUCAUGAGCUCACAGAUGCCAUGAUUGGCUCGUGUUGCUGUGAUUGACAGGGGAGAGAGCACAUGCCCCUCCUACCCAGACAGCAUGGACCAUGUUACUCAUUUGGCUUCUGGCCACAGAUGCCUGUGGCAUUGUCAGUAUUCAAGCUUGUGAUAUUGAUGUUCUUUUUCUUUUCUUUUAAAAAAAUUAGACACACUUAUAGUCAGGAAAAAUACGCUAAUUUGGAAUGAUUUUGGAUUUAUUGCAUUUCACUGAAGAGCAGGAAGUGCAAAAUGUAUUUUUAACUAUAGUUUGAUUUGCUAAAAUACUCUGAGUAUUGUUUUAGCAGCAGGGCAAUGAAGUAUUGAAAAGAUAUGAUUAGCCAAUGUUUUUAGCCAUACUCGCAAAUGUGGUGGUUUUUAUUUCCCCUCAGUGCCAUGAGGACAGUGUUCAUGAGGGUCCAUGUGUCAGACAUAAUGUCAUUAAUAAAGAGUAAAAUCAUGUGAAAGAACACAGCAAACCUAA